AUGUACAUUUACUAACCAAAUGAUUAUUCCCGAGUCACUGCGGCCAGUGUUUCUUCUUGUCCGUUCUAUGGAUUGUGCUGCACCAAAAAGGCUUUCAUAAGAGUUCGGAGCUGGGUUUAUGGUUCCAUAAGCCCUGGCUUUGCGGUACUGUGUCCCUUCUAUUCUAUGCAGCGAGAACCCAAAUCUGGAUAUAUAUAAGUAAAGGUUUUGGUUCUUCAUUUUCUCAGCUCAUUCUCGAACCUUUAGUGACGCCUUCGCCGCAUCAGGAUAUCUCUCUUCCCUAGUAAUUUAAGGCUGUCAUUAUCAGGUUCGAUUCUGCUUUAUUUCUAUGAAACUUGGAGUGGCACUUUGACAGCAGUUUUCAGGGUUCAACAAAGAUGACCAUGUCUGGAUUGGCUGGUAAUCCUUUAAGAUGUUGCCCUGUCCCUGCACGAAGCUCAGGGUCAAUAUGUCAGCAGGUUUCAGCUUUUCCCAGUUUUGGGAAAUUCCGACAAAAAUCAGAGUUACUACGUCUACGAAGAAAUUAUUCGGUUGGUUAUACACAUAGAUGCAAUGUAAAACAAUUUCACUUGAUCAAUUGUGCGAUGGAUGCUUCCUAUGAUGAUACAGCCAAUGACCCAACAGCCAUCUUUCCUGGAAUCAAGAUUAGAGAUCCAUACAAACGGCUUGGAAUCAGUAGGGAGGCUUCUGAAGACGAAAUCCAAGCUGCAAGGAAUUUCCUAGUACAGAAAUACGCUGGACACAAGCAAAGCGUGGAUGCUAUUGAAUCAGCGCAUGACAGAAUAAUCAUGCAAAAGUUUUAUGAAAGGAAGAACCCUAAAAUUAACAUCAAGAAAAAGGUUAGGGAAGUCAGUCAGUCCCGUGUUGUGCAGGCUGUCAUGAGCAGAUUUCGAACUCCACCUGCAAACUUCACGAUAAAAACAUCCAUUGCAUUUGUAGUACUUGGAGUUCUCACAGUUCUCUUUCCAACAGAAGAAGGUCCUACUCUUCAAGUUGCUAUUUCCCUGAUAACUACCAUAUAUUUCAUAUAUGAUCGGCUGAAAAGCAAAAUCCGAGCAUUUCUUUAUGGGGCUGGAGCUUUUGUUGUCUCAUGGCUGUUGGGAACCUUUCUGAUGGUUUCUGUGAUUCCACCAAUACUUAAAGGGCCAAGGAGUUUGGAAGUGACUACUUCUUUGAUAACCUAUGUGCUUCUCUGGGUUUCUUCAACUUAUCUAAAAUAGAAAUAGUCUCUUAAGAAUCCCCAAUUUUGUUGUAACAGUUGACUCUCAUAUCAAAUUUUGUCUAGUCAUAAAUUUUUCACUUGGUUUGUGAUUCUUCAGUUCCGUGAUUUAGCAUGAAAGGCUUUUUGUACUAUUAAGUUUUCUGUUGCAUGUUGUAGCUUUAGAUUUUUUAUGAAUUAAUAAUGAAGUUUAUUGCAGCAUGAAAGACUUUUA